GCUUGGAAGAAGACCGUAAUCUAGCUAGCUAGUAGUAGCCAGAGUUUGACAAUGGCGAUUCUACCCGGACAACGUUGUGACGAAGAAGAAGAAAAGAAGGAAGACCCCAUGGUCCAAGAAAUUCUGAUACGAGGAGGAGCUCCUCUCCGACCCGACCACGAACUAUCGACAUCUCUAUCACUGGGCGAACGCAUUACCAAAGGCAAGACCAUCCUACUCCUGUCCAACUUGGUGACACCCGACGAACUGGACUAUUUGGUGGAAUCGUCCAUUGCCGCUGCCGAUGCUCAAACCGACAAGCAAGACGGAGACAUGAUUUGUACGCUGGAAGAAGGAUACAAGGGCAAAGUCUUUAUCCGUAUGCCGCUCUUUGCCGCGGCGCAACGAGAGAACUGUACGGACGGAUUGCCCGAAUCCAUCUCUCUCAAAUUAGAAGAAAUUUUGUGGAGAGCAUUGGACUGUAUGGAUCGACAAGUCUGCCCCUCUCUCAAGGCCACUGUAUUAAAUGUAUCGCAAGACGACAAUACAACAGAUGCUUCCAUGGCCGGAUUGUUCCACAAUCAACAACUCCAAUUUUCCAUCCGCGAACCCGCUAUCAAUGUCUACCGCGCCCCGCACGGUCAUUUUGCCAUGCACAAGGACGGACGAGAUUUGACCAUUCUCAUGUCGCUGUCGGAUCCCACCCAACAAUUCACGGGCGGUGGUACGGCCUUUUGGAGUCAGUCAUUUCCCCACGAAGGACUGGACGAACCCUCCUUGAUUCUGGCACCUCCUCCCGGAACCGCCAUGGUGUUUGGAGGAAAAGUCAGUCACAAGGGAUGCCACAUUCGAACGGGGACCCGAGUCAUGUUUGUGGCUAGUUUUAAUCGGCCAAUGGCACAAGAAAAAGAAGAAGAAACAAAGGAGGGGUGA